GUAAGUAUCCCAAACAUCUUGUCAUAACUCAUAAGCAACCCCACAACUCAAACAUGAUGUGCACAAAGCUUCUAUCACUUGAAUUGAUCUUGAUCUGUUCACUCUUAAUCCUCUCUUCCUUUCAAGUUUCUGGAAUUUUCAUGACUGCUUCUUUUGCCUUUGAUGCCACUACAGCAUCUACAGUUAGAUAUGAAGCUGUAGAAGAUCAAGAUAGUGAAGCAAGUUCUCUAUUAAAAUGGAAGGCCAACCUUGACAACCAAAGCCAAGAUUUCUUAUCUUCCUGGACCCGAGUUACCAAUCCUUGCAACUGGAAAGGAACUAUUUGUGAUGAAACUAUGUCUGUCACAACUAUAAAUGUUUCAAAGUUUGGACUUAAAGGUACCCUUUUCAGUCUCAACUUCUCAUCCUUUCCUAAAUUGCUUGGUCUGGAUAUUAGUUACAACUCUUUUCAUGGGACUAUUCCCAUACAAAUUGGAAACUUGUCCAGAAUCUCUCAAUUGAAAAUGGGCCAUAAUCAGUUCAGAGGUUCCAUCCCCAAAGAAAUAGGAGAAAUGAGAAGCCUAACACAGCUUGACAUUGCAAGGUGUAAGCUCACUGGUCCAAUUCCUAUUUCCAUAAUGAAGCUUUCUAACUUGUCAUAUCUAGAUUUAACUGGCAAUAAACUUUCUGGCCAUAUUCCUCAAGAGAUUGGGGAAUUAGGUAGCUUAAAGUAUCUGUCUUUUAGAGCAAAUGCACUUUCUGGUUCCAUUCCCUCAACAAUUGGAAUGUUGACAAACCUCAUCAAACUUGAUUUGUCAGCUAACUCUUUCUCUGGUGCAAUCCCUUCACUUAGAAACUUGAGAAACUUAGAACAACUUGUCCUCUUUGGAAACCUUCUAUCUGGACCUAUUCCUGAGGAGUUGGGAAGACUCUUUUCUCUCACAACACUCAAAUUGUUAUAUAAUGAUUUUUCUGGGCCAAUCCCUUCUUCCAUUGGAGACUUGGCCAAUUUGAGAACCCUUCAGCUCAGUUAUAAUAAGCUUCAUGGAUCAAUUCCUUCCGCUCUUGGCAACUUGACAAAACUCACCCAAUUGUCACUUGCUAAGAACAAACUUUCUGGAUCAAUUCCUUCUUCCAUGGGAAACUUGGUCAAUCUAGAGAAGCUUAGCCUUUCUGAAAACAAUCUCUCUGGACCUGUGCCUUUAACCUUUGGAAAUUUAACUAAGCUCACCUUCUUGUUACUUCAUAUGAACAACCUUAGUGGUAGUUUGACACCAGCACUGGAAAAUCUCACUAAUUUUGUCAGCUUGCAACUUAGUACCAAUCAUUUCACUGGACCUAUGCCACAACAUAUUUGCCUUAGUGGAUCACUCACAAAUUUUUCUGCUAACAACAAUCAUUUCACAGGUAAAGUUCCAAGAAGCUUGAAGAAUUGCUCCAAGCUUUUUAGACUCAACCUUGCUGAAAAUAUGUUGACUGGAAAUAUUUCAGAUGAUCUUGGAAUAUACCCAGAUUUGCACAUCAUUGAUCUAAGUAGAAACUAUUUUUAUGGACACCUUUUGCCUAGUUGGGCAAAAAUCCAUAAUCUCAUAGGCCUAGAGAUUUCCCACAACAAUUUAUCUGGUACUAUACCCCCAGAACUAGGACAAGCACCUAAGUUACAAUCACUUCAACUAUCUUCAAAUCAUCUUACAGGGAAAAUUCCAAAAGAACUUUGUUCCUUGACCUCAUUGUUUGAUCUCUCCUUAAGUAACAAUGAACUUUCAGGCAACAUUCCCUUAGAAAUUGGAUCCAUGCAGCACCUACAGCACUUGCAUCUUGCAGCAAACAAUUUAGAUGGCUCAAUCCCAAAACAGGUUGGAGAUCUGCUCAAAUUAGUUGAUUUGAAUUUGAGCAAGAACAAGUUCACCAAAAGCAUUCCCUCUAAGUUUAGCCAAUUGCAUUUUCUUAACAUUCUUGAUCUUAGUUGGAAUUUAUUAAAUGGACCAAUACCAGAAGCUCUUGGGGAAUUGCAACGGUUGAACAAGUUGAACAUCUCCCACAACAAUCUCUCAGGGACUAUUCCAUGUAACUUCAAGGGUAUGCAGAGCUUGACAAGCGUUGACAUAUCUUACAACCAAUUAGAGUGUGAAAUUCCUGACAGUCCAGCUUUUCGUAUGGCUUCAUUUGAAGCAUUGAGAAACAACAAAGGCUUGUGUGGUAAUUCCUUUUACUUGGUGCCUUGCAAAAAGUGUAGUCACAAAACUCAAGAUAAAAGGAAAAGUGUGGUGAUAUUGGCAUCACUCCUUACUUUGAGUGUCCUAUUGCUGAUAGUUUUUGUGGUUGGAGUUUCCUUGUGCAUUCAUUGGAAAAAAGCAAGAAAAAUUAAAGAGCACGAUGCUACAGAAGAACAAGCUCAAGAUCUUUUUACCGUAUGGAACUAUGAUGGGAAUAUGGUGUACGAAAACAUCAUUGAAGCCACAGAGGAGUUUGAUGAAAAAUAUAUCAUUGGAGAAGGAGGGUCAGGAGCUGUUUACAAAGCCAACUUACCCUCUGGCCAGAUUGUGGCUGUGAAAAAGCUACAUGCAACAGUUGAUAGGGAAAUGCUGAAUUUCAAGGCUUUCACAAAUGAGGUUAGAGCCUUGACAGAAAUCCGGCACAGAAACAUUGUGAAAAUGUAUGGAUUUUGCUCACAUCCAAGGUACUCUUUUCUUGUCUAUGAGCUCCUAGAAGGAGGAAGCUUGGAUAAUGUUCUGAACAAUGAUGCACAAGCAACAAUGUUUGAUUGGAGUAAGAGGGUGAAUGUUGUGAAAGGUGUCACAAAUGCUAUGUACCACAUGCAUCAUGGUUGCUAUCCUCCUAUAGUUCAUCGUGACAUAUCCAGCAAGAAUGUUCUUUUAGAUUCUGAAUAUGAAGCUCGAAUCUCCGACUUUGGAACAGCUAAAAUUCUGGAUCCUGAUUCACAUAAUUCAACCACAUUUGCAGGCACUUAUGGUUAUGCUGCACCAGAGCUUGCUUACACGAUGCAAGUGAAUGAGAAAUGUGAUGUAUUCAGUUUUGGGGUGCUAUGUUUGGAAAUACUCAUGGGAAAGCAUCCAGGAGAUCUCAUUUCUUCACUGUUUUCAUCAUCAUCUGCAACAGCAACAACAUUGGCAUAUGAUUUGCAAUUGAAGGAUGUGGUAGACCAAAGACUUCCUCAACCAAUGAGACCAGUUGUUAAGGAGGUGGUCUUGAUUGCGAGAAUGGCUUUUGCUUGCUUGAGUGAAAGUCCACGUUCUCGCCCAACCAUGGAACAAGUUUAUAACAUGUUUGUGAUGUCAAAAUCCCCUUUAAUGGACACAUUCAGCACCAUCAAACUUAGACAGCUUCUAAGCUGUUGAACUAGGAUUUCUUUGUAUUUGUUAAAAGUAUAAUAUAAAACCAUGUGUCACCAUCCAACAACAUGAAAGUAGUGAGUUUGUGUAUUUUCUGUUAGAAUAUAAUAUAAAACCAUUAAAGUGACCCUUACCCAACAGCUUAAGCUUUUGGGA